UGUGCGCAUUGCGCGUGUGUCCAGUGUCGUCAUCGUUGUCAUGCACAGUAGUGUACGCGACGGUGAAGUUGAGAAUGUUGGCGAAGAUUGCGGCGCGCUAACACAGGCGACACGGCGGAGACGGUGAAGUGGGACGCGUUUCAUAUACCGUUUCGUAUGGACACACGCAGUGAAAGCGACGGCGACGGUGACGAUUCAUUUAGUAACGACCAUUGGCGAAGAAGAGAAGCGCUAGUUACGACGUGCGGCGCGACCGUCAUCCGUGUCGUCGCAUUUCGGACGCACAUCACGGUUAUCACGUCGUUCGGCACAUUCGCCAAGCAGCGCGUUUACUCCAAUUUUACUUCUUCACGCCGACGACUACCUCGCAAGCGCGCGCUAUCUCUUUUUCCCCCUCUCCUUUCCUUCCUCUUUAUCUUUCUCUUUCUAUCUGUCUCCCUCUGUCUCAAGAUACUGAGGACGAUCAGCUGUUGUGGGUGUUCCGUACGUCGUAGUGAGAUCAGCAGACGGACACCGAAUCUCGAAUACUAAAUAUAACAUCAAACAGUGCAGGUAUGAAAAGCCGUUACGACACUUGGAAAUGAGAUGGUUCAACGACGGUGCCAUUUCAGAAACUUGACGCACAGCACAUAGAGUCUGUGCAGUACGUGACGCUCGAACGGCGGGGAUUAUGACGAGCAGCGUGAGAAUCCAUCGAUAUUCGAGCAGCUAUACUACGAUAAACCUUGCAAGUCCGUCAUGUACAUAUGAUUAUCCGGGUUCAUGCGUUCUCUUACUAUCAGCGGCGAGCGAACGACGACGACGGGCGCGGAAGGAAGCAAUCCCCCAAGUGGGGAUCAGCGAACGCAGGCCUCCUCGUCGUCUGUAACUGGCAGUGACAUCCAGGGGAUGCCUAGUUUACACUCGCUCGUCUUACGACGGGCACCAUUGAUGGACAUGGGUGCAGCGACCAGUUCGGUCACAUCUGUCACUCCUCCCACUAAGCUAACAGCUAGCCAGAAGAAGAUUGAGAAAGCCAAGCUUAGUGGCAUCAGAUUACCCCUGAUACGUAAGGAGGCUAGUGUGGUGAAUCUCUCUCUAACAGAGAGGACAGUGCCAGGUAGAGAAGCAGACGCGCCUCUCCUGCGUCCUGAGAGUAGUGCAAGUUUGGAAGCACGUGGCGGCAGUUGGAUAAAUCUGGGUCCUGGCGCCCUGAGAAAAUGCGAGACCGCCGUAGGAUUAAGUACCUCGGCACUCGAGGGAAGACCCAUAAAUCGCAGCAGAGUUUGUUCCCGUUGCUCCAGUCUGUUGUCCUUGGCGUCCAGUUCGCGUUACAGCUUGGCCGCUGGCAAUUUCGUUCCUGCAGGCUCACAGCAGACAAUCGGACGGAUAUUUUGUAAACUGUGUCUUGUUGACACUUCUCUCUCCAAAACAUUUAAGAUUGAGGGAUGUGGUUGUUCCUAUUGUAAAGAUUGCAUGCGUGCCUAUGUAGAAUUUGAGAUUGAGGAAGGCGCAUAUGAGAUUAGUUGUCCUGAUGCUCAGUGUGAUCAUGGCGCUAUAUUAUCUUUGAAGGAAAUAUCAAGCCUUGUCAACACAGAACUUGUGGAGAAGCAUUGCAAGUUUCGUUUAAAUAGAGAUGUGUCGAUGGAUAAAGGACGUGCAUGGUGUCCACGAGCGGGUUGUGAAACAAUAUGUUCGAUAAAUGGCAAUAGUGGAAGCGGCUCUCCUUUAGGUCCUGUUCACUGUCCCAACUGCUCCACAGAUUUCUGUUCAAUAUGUCGCGAGCCUUGGCACAAUGGGCCCUGUUCAGAUCUUCCAUUAGGAAUACCGUUCGGUAGCGAUCAUAUUAAAUGUUGUCCCAUGUGUUCUGUGCCGAUAGAAAAGGACGAAGGUUGUGCUCAAAUGAUGUGUAAAAGAUGUAAACACGUAUUUUGCUGGUACUGCUUAGCAUCCUUAGAUGAUGACUUUCUAUUGCGACAUUAUGACAAGGGACCAUGUAAGAAUAAAUUGGGACAUUCACGUGCGUCCGUGAUAUGGCAUCGAACGCAAGUUAUCGGGAUCUUCGCUGGUUUUGGCCUACUUCUACUUGUCGCAUCGCCCUUACUAUUAUUAGCAGCACCUUGCAUUGUAUGCUGUAAAUGCCGUGUUUGCGGCUCUUCCAGACUCGAACAAGAGGAAGGCGACACGACAACAUAGAAUCUUCCAAACUUUUUAAUAGAUUCUUGUUUAAUUGUUUCUUUGAAGUAAAAUAUAAGCACUCUUCCUAGGCUUCCAUGCAUGGGAAACAAUAUAAUUGGCAACUUAUAUAGAUAUACAUUGCAUUUUGUUAAGUUUACGUUUUAUUUUAUUUUUUGUGCGCCUUAUUAGGAGGUACAUAAAAGGGCAAGAAUGUAUAUCUCAGUCAAGAGAGGAGAGACAGAGCAUAUCGUAUGAUUAAUAAUAUCUAUAUUUAUGUUUUAUUU